AUGGGAGACGUAUAUGAGUGUGUGAAGGAGGCGAUUGUUCGCCCUCCAGGUCUCCCAAAGGCCAAUCCCACGAUCUCAUCCUGGCAGAGCCCACCUGAUUCUGUGUCCAAUGUUCGGUCUGCAGUUCUUCCUAAGGAGGUGGACGUUGCCAUCAUUGGCUCAGGCAUCACUGGAUGCAGUGCAGCCCAUGCCAUCGUCAGCCAUGAGGCUGGAUCUGCGAUGCGUGUUGCGGUUCUCGAAGCCCGUACGGCAGUUAGUGGCGCAACAGGCCGCAAUGGAGGUCACCUCAUCUCAGACACCUGGGGGCUGUUUCCUGAACUGGUGGACGAAUUCGGGUUGGCAGAUGCCGUUGAUAUUGCGCGGUUCUCGGCAAAGAAUAUAUCCACCCUAAGAAAGGUGGUCUCUGGUCUAAGUGAUGCUGACCAGGAAGCUGUUGAGUUUCGUGACCUGGUGGCUACAGCAUCGCUCUCCGAUACGCAGUCUUGGGAAGGGAGCAAACGUGCUGCAGAAAUAUUCACUGAGGCGAUGGGACCCGAUUUCGCGAUCCAGGUUGAAGUUUCAGCAGACAAGGACAUUGCAAAGAAUGACUAUUCAUAUGCUAACGGAGUGGGUUUUAUGAAACAACACGGCGCUGCAGCACUAAGUGCUUACAGACUGGUGACUGCAGUCUGGAGGCAGAUCUUGGACAAGCAUCCCAAUUCCAUCACGCUCGAAACUGAAACUCCCGUACUUUCAGUGGAGCCAGAGACUUGGCAGGGGAAAGACGUGUAUCAAUUAACCACCCCCCGGGGCACUAUUCGAGCUUCCAAGGUCAUACACUGUACCAAUGGAUACGCUGCCAACCUAUUGCCGAAUCUCGUCGGGAAGCUCUAUCCCCUCCGAGGCACUAUGUCGGAACAACAACUUGGACCGUCUUUUCCCGAGUCCGGAGCGGAAUAUUCCUGGACCAGCACUGGUUUGGGGAGCUAUGACAAGAAUUCAGAUGAACUUUUCGUGAACCUUUGGUAUGCUCAGCAAACCCCCAAGAGUCGGAAUCUAUUUAUUGGAGGCGAGCAUCAGCCGAUCAAAGAAAUGUUGAACGAUGAUGAUUCAAAGAUAUCCCCUUCCGCACGAGCUCACCUAAGCGCCAUCACUUCGAAGAUUUUCCACAAUGCUGAGCCAACAAGUGUCAAAAACAUGUGGUCAGGCAUUAUGGGAUUCACAGCGGAUUUAUUUCCAUUCGUGGGACAUUUAUCCAAGGAAAUGACUGGCCGAGAUGGCAACGGAGAGUUUAUAGCUGCGGGAUUCAGCGGACACGGCAUGGAUAAGUGUUGGCUAUGUGGAGAGGCAGCUGCCUUGAUGGCUCUUGGAGAAGAUGUCCCAUCCGGAUUUCCGAAGCCUUUUCUUGUCAGCAAUAGGAGAAUCCAAGACGGAACCCCCGAUGUUGCUGUUAAAGCAUUGGCUGAAAACAUUGUGUGUCUCAUUGACACACCUGAUGAAGCUGUUGAAUAG